AUGCGCAGGAUAAUCAACGGCGCUACCCCAUCAACUUCAGCGCCGGUCUCGGCUCCGUCGGCCGCCAGCCAGGCCCCCAUCAUGAUGCGUAGAAUGAUUCAACCCACCGCAACUUCAUCCACUUCGGUGCCGCCCAUCCCGAAAAUGUCGCCCGUUUUGGCACGAUCAGCCCAGAGGGUAAUUCUUAACGACUCGAUGCGCCGAAUAACUCAAGAGCGACUAAUUCGUUCGACUUCCAAGCCGGACUCGCCGGAAAAGCCGCCGGGCAUAGGUCCGCAAGCUACGACUGCAGCUCCCACCAUGAUGCGUCGAAUCACUCAAGAAACUCCUGCUCGACCCCAGGCCAAACCGAACACACCGGAAAAGCCGCCAGUUAUUGAGACCCCUACCACCUCCACUGCUCCAGCUACAUCGUCAGCGACCCAGAAGCCGGUCUUGCCUCUGAAACAGGAUCAAAUCAACGGUUCCGCGAAUGAGAAACCAGAUAACCAUGUGCUCGGGCAGAAAUUCUGGAAUCUGUCAAAUGCCAGGACGCGCCAACAGCAUCGGGAGUGGUACUUCGACCCGGAUGUGGCUGAAGAGUUGAAGGCUCGGGAAGAGCUGGAGCGACUAACAAGAGCGGCAGCCGAGAGUCGUCCGGCUGUUAUUUAUAUGGGACCCGUUUCUGCUAGCCUUCGGCGGAUGCCCAAGGAACUAGAGAUCAAACUCAAAGCUGAAGGCGAAGCCACGGUCGCCACCGAAAGCGGCGCGUCCGACAUGCCAGACCAAAGCCAACGAGCCGGGUCAGCGGAACCGGAAAAGACGAAAGCUUCUUCCUCGUCGGAGUCGAUGCCGUUUCCGGAAAACGAUGGGACGACUUUUCAAGGCUCUAACUACGGCACAUUCCCAGAACCGACAGUGUUGGCAAAGAAGCCGAAAACUGCAUUCCCGCCCUUGGCACAAAACGGAACGAGCCUAAUGACGCCCGACGAGAUGCGGAGGAUGAUCCACUGGAACUAUACGCCAGCUGAGAAACAAGUAUGGGUACGGGAGGAGCACGAGGAGGGGAUGGAAGAAGCUGAAUCAGCUGAUGGAGGGUCGGGACCGGAAACGCGGAAAAUAGCUAGCGAGCCGGUGCCUGAGCAAAAGCCGGAGAAAGCGUCAUCUUCUGAAACUCGAAGCCCUCAAGUUGUAAGACGGACUAUGGUUUUGCGAAAAGUAUCUAAAGAAGCUCCUGCCGUGAUAACAACCACAAAGCCGGAACCGAUUGAAGGGGUGGGCCUGGCACGUCACAACUUGGAGCACGACCUCAGCAGGCUUCAAACAAAGAUUUGGUCUCGGCUGGGGGCAGAACUC